CUCCCUAGGAAACAUCCUCAAUAAGAAAGUGAAAAGUAGAAUAUGCCACAAAAGGAAGCAAGAUUAUAGCUAAAUUUGUUGUUAACUUUGUAUAAAAUAUACAAAUGGAAUUACAAGUAUGAAAAUUUGUACAAUAUAACAACAAAAUCAGGAAAGUUCAGUUGAAGACUUCAAAGUAUUUGCCUAAUUUCUUUAUUACUCAUCAGCAUCAUUCACACUUGUCACUCAAUUUGGGUUUUUUUUCACUCUCUCUCCUCCAUUUCCAUGUUGUUCGUUAAACCCACCUUCCAUUUUCUCUCUCCUACUUCUUCUUCGACGUCACUCCAAAUUCCCCUUUUUUUACUCCAUCUUUUCACCCAAUUCAAUCUCAAUUUCGCAAUUUUGCAAUUUCAUUGUCUUACACUAAGCUGGAAGUUAAUCUCGUAAAGAAGGGUUUUUUUCGAUUAGGGUUUUGAUUUUUAUGAUUGUUUGACUUAAUUUUAUUAGUUUGAUGAGCUAUAAUGUCGAGGAAUUUGGUAAUUUUUUGGGGUGUGGUUGUAUUUGUGAUGUUUUCUUUUAUGUUAGAGACUAAUUUUGCAAUUGAGGAUGCUUUUUCAAUUGUUGAAUUUGAGAAUUCUUACCCUUUUCAUGGUGAUUAUUCUCCUCCUACACCUCCACCACCGUCGAUUCCUCCGUUUACGCCUUCGGCGUCGUGUGAAGGUGAUCUCAAGGGUUUUGGGUCACUUGAGAGUGUAUGCAAGCUUAAUUCUAGCUUAGAAUUGAUAGAUGAUUUGUAUAUAAAAGGAAAUGGUAGUUUACAUGUUGAUUCUGGUGUGUCUAUUUAUUGCCCUUUUUCUGGGUGUUCAAUCACUGUUAAUUUAAGUGGUGAAUUUUACUUGGGUAAGAAUGCUUCUAUUGUUGCUGGUUUUUUAUGGGUGUUUGCUAGAAAUGCUUAUCUUGUAGAGGGUUCUGUUGUUAAUGUUACUGCUUUGGGUGGUUCGCCGCCUCCACAGACUAGUGGAACGCCUGUAGGGUUGCAGGGUGCUGGGGGCGGCCAUGGCGGUAGGGGUGCUAAUUGUUUGGCAGAUAAUUCUAAGCUCCCGGAGGAUGUGUGGGGUGGGGAUGCCUAUGCUUGGUCUGAGGUGGAUAAGCCUUGGAGUUAUGGUAGUCGAGGUGGGACAACGAGUAAAGACGAGGAUUAUGGUGGUAGAGGUGGUGGAAGAAUAUGGUUGAAUGUAACUGGUUCGAUUGAAUUGAGUGGGAGACUGUUCGCUGAUGGGGGCAACACGGGGAUUAAAGGCGGGGGAGGUUCAGGUGGCAGCAUUCUUAUAAAAGCUCAAAAAAUGACUGGAGAUGGUCGGGUAAGUGCAUCUGGAGGUGAUGGAUUUGCUGGAGGCGGUGGUGGAAGAGUUUCUAUCGAUAUCUUUAGCAGGCAUGAUGAUCAAGAAUUCAGUGUUCAUGGGGGGAGAAGUUUUGGUUGUCCCAAAAAUUCAGGUGCUGCUGGGACAUUUUAUGAUUCUGUGCCUAGGAGAUUGAUUAUCAACAAUAACAACAUGUCAACAGACACAAACACACUUCUUCUGGAAUUUCCUAAUCAACCACUAUGGACAAAUGUCUACAUACAAAAUCAGGCAAAGGCUACUGUUCCUUUGUUCUGGAGUCGUGUGCAGGUCCAAGGACAGCUUAGUCUGUCCUCUGGCGCGGCUUUGACUUUUGGCCUGGCACAUUAUGCAUCAUCAGCAUUUGAAUUAAUUGCAGAAGAACUCUUGAUGAGUGACUCGUUGAUUAAGAUAUAUGGUGCCUUACGUAUGACUGUAAAGAUGCACCUAAUGUGGAACUCACGAUUGUUGAUAAAUGGAUGUGGUGAUACAAUUGUUGCUACUUCUCUUCUUGAGGUCAGCAACCUAUUGGUUCUCAAGGAAUCAUCUGUUAUUCGGUCUUCUGCAGAUCUUGGAAUUCACGGGCAGGGGUAUUUGAAUUUGACUGGCCCUGGAAAUGUUAUCGAGGCUCAACGUCUAGUUCUUUCAUUAUUUUACAGUAUCUAUGUUGGGCCAGAAUCGAUCUUGCGGGGUCCAUUGAUAAGGGCAAGCAAUGAUAAUGCGUCGGUGCAUCUUUAUUGUGAUCGGCAAGAGUGCCCUGUAGAAAUACUUCAUCCACCUGAAGAUUGUAAUGUGAACUCCUCACUACCCUUCACCUUACAGAUAUGCCGUGUUGAAGAUGUGAGCAUUGAAGGGGUCGUGGAAGGAUCUGUUGUUCAUUUCCACUGGGUCAGAGUUGUGGCUAUUCCACCUACGGGUGUGAUUAGUGCAUCUGGAUUGGGCUGCAUUGGAGGUUUUGGACGAGGAAACCUUUCCAGCAAUGGGCUUGGAGGGGGUGGCGGACAUGGUGGUCGAGGUGGAGAUGGAUACUGUGAUGGGAAAUUCGCGGACGGUGGUGGUGCAUAUGGUAAUGCUGAUUUGCCAUGUGAACUUGGUAGUGGUAGUGGAAACAGCAGUUUACUAGGAUCAACUGCUGGUGGUGGUAUCAUUGUAAUGGGGUCUCUGGAGCACUCCCUGCCAAGCAUGACAAUUGAGGGGUCAAUAAUUGCUGAUGGGCAGAGUUAUGAAGAAGGUGUGACCAAGCAAAGACGUGCAAUGUCUGCAAACAUCGGUCUAGGUGGUGGUUCUGGUGGAACCAUUCUUUUAUUUGUCCACACAUUGGAUCUUGGAAAUUAUUCUGCGGUUUCAGCUGUUGGAGGAAAUGGCAGUCCGAAUGGCGGUGGUGGCGGUGGUGGUGGAAGGGUGCACUUUCACUGGGCAGAUAUUCCUGUUGCAGAUAAGUACCAACCCAUAGCUAGAGUGAGUGGAAGAAUUCUUGUUCGGGGUGGCCUGGGUAAAAGUCAGGGGAAUCCUGGGGAAGAAGGAACUGUUACUGGAAAGGAGUGCCCGAUAGGGCUCCAUGGCAUCUUUUGUGAGGAAUGUCCUGUUGGCACAUUCAAAAAUGUUACUGGAUCUGAGGCCACCCUCUGUCUUAGGUGCCCAGAUAAUGAGCUUCCCGAUCGUGGCAUGCAUACUGCUGUUCGAGGUGGUGUUACUGAAACCCCUUGCCCUUACAAGUGCAUAUCUGACAGAUAUCACAUGCCACACUGCCGCACAACAGUGGAAGAGUUAGUUUACACAUUUGGUGGACCGUGGUGGUUUGGCCUUUUCCUUCUUAGUAUCCUCAUCCUGUUAGCUUUAGUUCUUAGUGUUGCACGGAUGAAAUUUGCUUCUGGGGAUGAUCUUCCAGGUCUAUUACCCCAUCGACGACGUACACAACUAGACCAUUCCUUUCCCUUCCUUGAAUCCUUGAAUGAGGUGAUGGAGACUAAUAGAAAUGAGGAAGCACAGAGUCAUGUACAUAGGAUGUAUUUCCUGGGCCCAAAUACAUUUAGUGAGCCAUGGCAUCUACCUCACUCUCCUCCGGAUCAAGUGAAAGAGAUUGUAUAUGAGGACGCAUUUAUCCGCUUUGUCGAUGAGAUAAAUGGAAUAGCUUCUUAUCAGUGGUGGGAAGGAUCGGUCUACAGCAUUCUCUCUGUUUUAGCAUAUCCACUAGCAUGGUCAUGGCUGCAAUGGUGUCGAAAAAAGAAGCUACAGCGACUGCGUGAUUUUGUUCGUUCAGAAUAUGAUCACUCCUGCUUGCGUUCUUGUCGCUCCCGCGCUCUUUAUGAGGGGCUCAAGUUAUCUGCUACUUCAGAUUUGAUGCUAGCAUGUCUAGACUUCUACCUGGGUGGAGAUGAAAAACGGUCUGACCUUCCUCCUCGUCUUCAUCAGCGCUUACCUUUGACAUUGAUUUUUGGAGGUGAUGGAAGUUAUAUGGCUCCGUUUUCUCUGCACAAUGAUAAUGUAUUAACUAGCCUUCUAAGUCAGUCUAUGCCACCCACAGUUUGGUAUCGAUUUGUAGCUGGUGUCAAUGCUCAAUUGCGCCUGGUUCGUCGUGGACAACUUAAGUUGACCUUUGAACCUGUUGUCAAUUGGCUUGAAACCCUCGGGAACCCGGUCCUUAGCAUCCAUGGCUUACGAAUUGACCUGGCAUGGUUUCAGCCAACUACUCUUGGUUAUUCUCAGUUUGGGCUUGUGGUAUGCCAAGCAAGGAAUGUGCAUCCAGCUAGAGGCAGUGUCAAUAGAUACCUUCCUCCAAAGCCACCAUCAAGGGUUCAUAGAGAUGAUCAAGUUAACCAAGUGAAAGACACUGAACUGCAGAUGGUGAAUAAGAAAAUAUCUGGAUGGAUUAUCCAAGACAAGAACUUGCACAUGCUUAAAGAUAGCUGGAAUAUAUCUUAUCCUCUUAGCUUUAUAGCAUGUAAUACCAAUCCGGCUGGACAUCAGGAUUUAAUUGGUCUCGCACUCUCAACAUUAUUACUAGGAGAUUUUAGCUUAGUAGUGCUUACGCUGAUUCAGCUAUAUUCUACUUCACUUCUGGACUUCUUUCUGGUUCUUUUUGUCCUUCCUCUUGGAAUAUUACUUCCAUUUCCUGCUGGCAUUAAUGCUUUGUUCAGCAGAGGACCUAGAAAAUCUGCUGGCCUUGCACGAAUACACGCUCUUUGGAACGUCACUUCCUUUAUCAAUGUGAUAACUGCUUUAAUUUGUGGGCUUGUUCAUUAUAAGAACCAACCAAGCAAGAAACCCGGGGACAUCCAUUCAUGGAAUAUGAGCAGGGAAGAAAGUGAAUGGUGGGUGCUGCCUUCGGGUUUAAUUUUGUGCAAGCUUGUUCAAGCCCGACUUAUCGAUUACCAUGUCGCUAACCAGGAGAUUCAGGAUCUAACAUUAUACAGCAAGGACCCCGACCAGUUUUGGCAGUCAUAAUUUUUUUGGUACUGUCAGAGGUAAACUGGAACUGAUAUCUCUAACUUUCUGGCAAUUUUACUGUCUAGAGUUUGUAAAUCUUGAAAAAAGCUGUAGUGUAGGUUAGUGAGAUUGUAUACCCUUUCUCUUUUAUAAAGUCUCAUCUUUGGGUGGGGAAAGGGCUCAUUUGGAGCAGAGUUGAUUUUUUCUUGUCAAUAUGCUGUAAAUAACAUAAUAUAUGUCCAAAGUUUGAAAGAUAUAUGACAAGCAAGUGUCAUGUGAUGA